GUAUAAAUACGCAGGACAACAAACUGAAGUAGGCUUGUCUAGGCAGUGCGCCCAGUUCACCUCAGGAACUAUACCUAUACCCUCGUUCAGCAGCUGAACCUCAGUUCAGUAGAAGAGGAAAGGUAUAUCUUCCAUAAACUUCAGUAGAGGGCAGUGAGGUGAGGUGUUUGGCUGCACUUAAUACCAGCCCCUAAAAUUGAGACAUUGCUGUCCAACACGUAGUGGUGAACAUGGAGAACUCUGACCAUUCUACGCAUGGAGCCAAAGCUCCCUGUUUGCCAGACAUCUCUUCAGAGAUUGACAGAAAUGACCUCAUGAUUGAUAUUAUGAGACUACCCAUGACGCAGUUCAAGGCAAUCUGUUCUGGAAUACGCAACAACAUGUCUCCUGAGGACCUAGCAAAGAUGGUCUCCUCAUGGACCGAGGAGCGGGUCAGGAAAAACAUCCUACAAACCAUGGCAGAACUAGAGGAAAGGACUAAUGUCCUCUCUUCCAGCUAUCAGGAUCGAAAGCUGCUUAAGAACGACCAGGAGGAAAUUGUGGAGAUGACUGGAGAAGUACCUGAAGUCCAGCUGGCUCCAGUAACAAAAGAAGUAUUUGUGACUGUCCUUGACUCCAUGAAGAGUCCAUCUUCUGACGAAGCCACCGCUGGAAGUAAACAACAUUUCAUUAGCUAUGUUCAUGGGAUGGUCGACAAAAUUAAGGACUUUCCAAAACUAUUUAAGGCAUCUCACAAGCGGUCCCAGGAGCUGAACAUCACACCAGCUGUUUGUGAGAGUCUCUCUGAGCUUUUGGCCCUACCAGAUCCAGAGGGGAGGUCCACUACAAGCCUACAUGACAGUGCAGAUAGACUCUGCUCUGAGGACGAAAUCAGUAGAGCUUCAAGAGGUGUGGGUAGCAUUCUGCUGACACCAGUGGGUUCUUCAAGCCAACAUGAUGUUAAUGAGACCCAACAGCCACAAAGUAGUGAUACCUCACUGGCCUCUGUCAGGUCUGUGCAUGACAACGCACGUGGAAUUGUUGACACAAUUGUCACUGAUUUAGAAGACCUUUAUGAAAGCCUUGAGCCAAAGGAAGUUAAAAUGCUCCAGAGCCAAAGUUCACUAAUCCAAGAAGAGCCCUCUGUGGAUGAUGAUGCCACCCAAAAGAAAUUCCACAACAAAGUUUACCGAAUUAUGUGCAGUGCACAGGUAAAGCUCAGGAUGUUUUUCACUAUGCACCGGUCGCAAGACAUCAUACCCGACUCAAAGACAGACCUACAAGCUGAGGAGACGUGCCAUGAUGGUAUCCAACCCGAAGAUGGCUGUGAAUGGCCAGACCAGUCUGAUGCUGAAUGUCAGCCUGAUGAUCUGCCACAGGAGCAUGAGGAACAAGCUACUGAUGAAUGUGCAGGCCUCGGUGAUGGCAACAUUAUAGGUAAAUUGACAGACGAGCCUCAAGUUCAAUCCCUAACAAGCGUAGAACAGCAAGCCACCAUGGAUAGGCCUGACUCUGAGAAAUGUGGUAACAAGUCUGUGUCAUCUGAGAAGGAUGGACAUGCAUCUCCACCAGAGUCAAAAGAUAAAAAGCGUGGAGUUGGGAAAGGACUGAAAAUAUUCUUUGCAGAAAAUAAGGUUUUUGGCCACAAAGCUUCAAGGAUGACCCCAGACAGAACCACAAAAGCAACUUCUGCUCUUGAGGAGAAUACAGUUGACUUCACCAGCAUUUCUGAAACUGUGUCAUACACCACUGAGUCAGAAUUAGAGACCAUGAGCACUUCUUCCAUUGCAUCUCCAGUAACCGCAACAGUAGAGGUAAUACAGCAUAAUGUGACAUCUUCACAAACAACUCCCCAAUGCAUGGACAUUUGUGAGCAGAACGAAACAGCGUUGACAUCUACUAACGAAGACGAGGGAAAUGUUGUUGACGCAGUUACUGAGCGAUCGCUAUCUCCUGAGUCAUUCAGUGUGGAGGACCCAGUCGUAACAUCUCCACCUGCUGAUGAAAUGGCAGAGGUCAUAUCCAGGGGCAACCAACACACCAUGGGAAGAAAAUUCAAAAGAUUAUUUUCCAAAAGCCCAAAGCCUUCAACAGGAACCCCUACCACCCUUGAAGCCACUAAAGACAAAGUUUCCUCUUCUGAGGAGAUACCAAUUGAGACCUGUGCUCCAGACACAGAAUUAUACCUCUUUAAGGCAGAUAAACAGCCAUUGGUGGGCACAUUGCCAUCUGAUUAUGUCGGCGAGGGAGAUGGCACUUCUGUCACAGACAUGAAUCAGGACAUGAAUGCUGAUUCAACCCUAUUGCCACCCAUGAGGGCCUCAUCCGAAACAUCUCUACAGCAUGUCUCUGCUAAAACCAUCCCAGAAACUAGAACCAGCCGUCUCAGUGUAGGUAAAAAAAUGAAAACAUUAUUUACUAAGUCCCCUAAACCUAUUGAUGUUGGGCCUACCAUGCAGUCAGAUGAGACUGUAUCUAAGGUAGCCCCCACCCUUGACUGCGAGAUGAUAACUGAGACUCGAGAUGACAGCUGUGCUACCGAUGCUGAGGUAGCCCUACCACCAUCCAUGAUGGCCUCAUCCGAAACAUCCUUCCCGCAUGUCCCUGCUAAAACCACCCCAGAAGCCAAAGCCAACCGUUUCAGUGUGAGUAAGAAAAUUAAAACGUUAUUUACUAAGUCCCCUAAACCUAUUGAUGUAGGGCCUAACAUGCAGUCAGAUGAGGCCGUCCCUAAGGUAGCCUCCACCCUCGACUCUGAGAUGACAACCGAGACUCCAGAUGACAGCUCUGCUCCUGAUACUGAGGCAACUCAUGUGCUCAGACAGACAGCCAUGAGCACAUCCUCUGAAGUAUCUUUCCAACAUGAGCUCCUCACUGUACUCUCUGACAAAGUAGCAACUAUGAGUGAAUCUACUGAGUGCAGCCAUCCUGCCAUAAACACAGUAGCUGAGAUGUCUCAAAGUCCAGAGAUGGGUCCUUCCCAAGAAACGGCUCAAGCAUCUCCCAAUUUGGAAACACCGACGUGUGUGACAGCCACAGAAGGUGGGAUGACUGAUGGCAAGAAUCGUGGCGUGACCAAUAAAUUCAAACAGCUCUUUGCCAAACAUCCAAAGAACGCACAAGAUAUCACUGCGGUGCAAAUAGUAUCACAGGAAGUAGUUAGGGAGUGUACAGAUGACCACAUUUCUCCUGGAACUGUGUCCUCUGAGGACACUGUACAGCAAUCUGUCAACAUGUCAUCUCAAAAAACUCCCCAAGGUAAGGACAUUUUUGAAACAGAUGGAACUAUAUCACUACCCAUAAGUCAUGAGAAGGGACCAAGUCAUGACCCAAACCCAAAGGUCAACCAUCUUAGCAUUGGUAAGAUACUGAAACAAUUAUUGUUUCGUCCAAAACAUCCUGAAGCCAGACCUGUUGAGGAAGCUUCCACAGUGUCCACUGAGCAUUGUAGUGAGCCAACCUUUCCUGAGGGAUUCCACACUAUUUCUGAAGCUACGUUAGCUUUGAAAGAUAUAACAGAGAGAAUGGUGCUUCAUCUGGAUGAUGCUGAAACUGCAAGAGCAAGGCUGGAACAUCUGAUAUCACAUGGAGUUCUCCGUCCAUUCACUGAUGACUUGGUGAAUCGAGUGUACAGCUUCUUAGGUGGUGGCACGGCAUCUGGCACUGUGCUCUCCAAGUGUGCCUCUGAACCGGCAAUCCUGACACCAAGGACAGUUGGAGAGUGCAAAAGAGAACUUGUUGUGGUACAGGACUCAGAGAUCAUUCAUGCCUUUGCAGUGAGAUCCAUUAAAUCUGUACUCAGGCAGCUGCUUGAGUUACUUCUUCCCCUGGUAAAGGAUGUUGACACCUCUGGAUGUCAGGUUCUAGAUAGGGUAACUGACAUCAUGGCCAAAGAAGUUGCUGACCGUAUCUCAAUGGACCAUCUCAAUCUGCAGAGGACAGACACUGAAGGCAGCGACAUUUACAGUGAAAGCAGUAUGGAUACUGAAGAAGCCAGUACCACAUCUACGGAUGAAAGGACCAUCACUUCUAGCAGAAAAUCACGACGACAAAGAUAGAUGACAGCGCCCAGACUAAAUCCGAUUUUUUUCUGUGAUGCUUAAGACUCCAAUGUCUUCAAGCCCAAUCUCCGAAAAGGAAAUGAUGACAGUCCUCCUGUCUCUUCAAAUAACAUCAAUAAAAAUAUUCAGCAUCCAAA